AUGACAUACGCCCGUAUAAUAAACGUUUUUAUAAUUCUUGCCUUAAUUAAAGAUUUACGUUCUCAAAGGCGAAUCCUUGGCGGCGAGGAAUUAAAGACAAACAAGCCAUAUUUGGUAUACUUAGUAAUAUCUGAAAAAUCAGCGAAAACGUAUACUGGUUGGACAUGUGGUGGAGUAAUUGUGAGUCCGCAAUAUAUUGUUACGGCAGCCGCGUGCAUAGAAGAUGUCCAAUAUUUAUAUGCUAUUGCGGGAUAUAAAAAGUUUGUAUCACCUCCAGAUAUUAAACAAGACAAGUGUACAAAAGAGAUGAAAAAGAAAAUUGUAUAUACGUGUGUUCCUAAAUCUUACGAAUUUGAUUAUGCUAAUGUAGGAAAGUGGUCUGCUAUAGAUAUAGGCGUAGCCAAAGUCGAGUCGCCUUAUAACUUCGACGAUAACAGAUACCAAGAGAUUUGUUCGUAUAAACCAAAUAAGAUCAAUAUUAAUUAUGACCCUAAAUACCAAGAGCCCGGAAUAGAUGCCCUAGUAAUGGGAUGGGGGCACCUGAAGCAAUGGAGGCAACCCGGGGAUGACACAAUUUACACCCAAACGGAACCUCGAUAUGCAUCAACGCAAAUUUUGAACAAGAAGAAAUGCAAGGAUAUAUAUGCGGAUUUUCCUGACUUACAAGUUACUAUAGACAAAUACAUGAUUUGUACGAAUGAAUUUGGAAAUAUAAAUGCUGAAGGUGAUCAAAUAUCCACGAUCAAACCAACUGCGGAUGGAUGUUCUGUUUUAAGAUAUGGGAAACCUAGACCAGAAUGUAUAAAUGACGGAAAGUAUAUCUAUGACAUGACUAGAAGAUCUUCCAACUUCAACAUAACUAACAACGUUAAUACUAGAAGACAGGGAAUUUGCCAGAAUGACCACGGUGGGCCCCUCGUGACUUGGAUUGGAGGGCAUGAAGUUCUCAUUGGAGUCGCAUCAGUCUUCCGCGUCAAUGCUAAUUCACAAUGCGAAGGACCGUAUUUAUUCACAAGCACUCAGUGCAACGGAGCUUUCUUAUAUUGUGUUUUAAAUUCUGAGAACAGACGAAGGAACUCUAUAUGUGACCAAUCGCCGCGUACACGAGGCUUCGAUAUGGUCCAUAGACGCAUUUCGUGGAUAAAUCAUCCGGACGGACCUGCCGAAAAUGAAGCAGUCAAAAUUAGGCCCCAAAUUCCUAUAGGAGUUUUUGGAUAG